GUUCAACAAAUGUUGAGUUCAGUUGCUACUCUGUCCAAAGCACCGUGUUGUGGGAAAUACCAGAGAAGAGCAAGACAAGGCCCUUACCCUCAAAGAACCUUGUCUAGCUGGGAAGAUGAGACAUAUGCCUGUGAAAUAGACAAUGAUUUUAGGGAAGAACUGUUGGCCAAUGACUGGACUUUCACUGUUCAACACUAUUUGACAUGAUGGGACCAGGUAGAUCAGCUUCAACCUGUGUUCAUCUAGCAUCUAAUAUCCAACCAGAUGGGAUGUGUGACCCCAGGAGACAGCAGACCCAGCUGCAAUUUAAUAGAAGUGUUCCUCCACAUUCAAGCAACUUGGCAAUUCGAUAUUCUAGCCCACAUGCUAUUAGAAUUGAAAAAUUGAAGCAUUCCAACAGUGAGCCAUAUUGUAAAGAUUUGGAUUUUAGAAGUGGUCUUGACCUAAGCAGUUCUGUUUCAUUUUCUGUCGUAUCAGAAGAGAGACUUAGCUAUGCUGUUCACCUAGCCAAAAGAGACGUAAAACGAAGACAAUUUGAAGAACACAUAAAAAAACAUCAACUCAAACCCCAAAUCUCUAAGAAAUGUGGACACACUAAGCCAAAAAUACCUGACCACAGUGUAGAUAGGAAGGAAUCAAAGAAUCAGGAAGCCUAUCCAUACAUCCACCAGCCGUCCAAAGUAGAAAUUUCCAGCUCAGGCGCCAAAGUGUUUCUAUAUACGACUCAUCCAGGACAGUCGAAUCUUACCUUGCCGAAUCCUCCACCCACCCAGGAUCCAAGACUUCAAACACAUAUUAAGAUGAGUGACCACAAAAGCCUAUGUGAACAUAAAAGCCUGCUAGAAGUUCAACGGCUCCGGAAAGAAUUGAGCAAUUGUAUCUGUAAAAUUGAAGAAUUAGCUAAAAAAGAUCGAACGGAAGAUACUUUGGAUCCAGAUGAAGAAAAGCGAGUCCGCAUAAGGAGGCAGGAGCAAGCUGUUCGUUCUGCCCGGAUGCUCUACGUUCUCCAGCAGCAGGUUAAAGAAAUCCAAGAAGAAUUGGAUAAGUUGAGUCCACAUAAAACUAAACAUACAAAGAAGUCAUGGGCAAUGUCAAGGCUGGCAGCUGCCCAUCGAGGAGCCAUCCGGGCCUUACAAACAUUGGUCACUCAGUAUACUGACCGAGGAGAGGACCCAGUUCCUGCUCGCUGUAGGGAGCUGGGUAGUCUUAUCCGCCAGCUGUCACUCUGUUCUGCCAAGCUAGAUGUUGAUUCUUCUGUUCCUGAUGUGGUUAUAGAGAUACUGCAACAAAUUGAGGCUUUGGAAUCCCUCCUGGAAAAGAAAUUAUCACCAAAAAAAGUGAAGAAAAGUUUCAGUGAAAUUCAAAGCAGAUUUCCUAUUGGUGGCCACAGGGCCUUAGAGAGAUGGCAGAGUAUAUCUUCAAAGAGUGAAAGGAGACCCUUCAUAGCAAAGGAAAUACUUCCACAGGAAACAAAACCACCUUCAGUGCCAAAGACGUGUCUUGCUGGUAACUAUCCAUCUGAUGCAGAGAUUCUAGUGACUAAAAGGUUGGAGAAUGAGCUUGAUGUAUUAGAUAUUGAUAUCCCCCUGGAAAAAGCUCCAUCUGUUUUAGAUGAAAAUGCAAACUUCAAGGAAAAGGCAUCAGCCUUGGCAAAAACACGAGCAGUGAAAAAGAAGUCUGUAACUUAUGUGCCAUUUAAGAAGAAAAAUAGUCUGGUGCCAGCAAGACAGCAACAGCAAGGACUCCACAAAGCUGAAAAAAGUAGACCAACCCAAUUUCACAGCAAAAGCAGGUUGCAGCAGACAACGGUUUCAUCCAGAUUAAAAAUGAGCCAGCAGCCUAUGAAAGAGCGUAGGGCUCCUUGGAUACCUCCAAACCCUACAUCUCCUCCAGCAUCUCCUAAGUGUGCUGCUUGGCUAAAGGCAAAUUCUAGCUCCAGAGAGGCAACAAAAGAACAAUCUCUCCAGCAAGAAGAAAAUCGAGAUGAAAAUCAGUUUAGAGAUGCUAUUGACCAGGAAGCAGCCAGACUUGCUUGGCUUGAUGCUGAAACUUCUAAAAGAUUGAAAGAACUGGAAGAAUUAAAAGCUGAAGAAAUGGAUAAAAUGCAAAAGCAGAGAGUUUCUGCCAACCAGUUAGCAGACAAGGUAGAGAAGGCAGUUUUGGAACAUUUGAAGCCUCUCCUGGUCAAGGCCCAGCAAGUCAAUUCUUCCCUGGAAGUAGACGCUCCAGUGCAGGAUCAGCCAUCAAUGGAGACAGUAAUAGCUAGACUUACAGAGAAGUUGGAUGGUUUUUCAGAAGAAACUGCUCCUGAGCCCUCAGCUGUGAUUCACUCUGAGAUCUUGGAGUCUGAAGCCUUAGCCACCUUGGAGGACAGCAAGGACAACCCAUUUCUGGAGACCAUGAUUCUCCGAAUGGAGGAAAUGGAAAAAUACCAGGAGACAGUUCGUCAAAGAUAUAAUAAAAUUGUAUAUGCUGAUCCUCAUCUUUGGAUGCAGGAAGUAAAGAAUGAUCGAAAGAUCCCAGUAAGUGAAAUGCCUCUACUACCUCAGCCUAUCCAGAUCACAAAGAGAGCAGCUCAGAAAGACAGGGAUGUGAACAUCAUGUUAAAAAGGCCCUGCAGUGGCAAUUCCCUAGAUGAAAGUGUGGAAACAGAGGAGCAAUCAGAGAGAAGAGAGACUCCCCAAAUCUCUCUUGAAAGUUCUCAACAGAGAGAGGGUGAAAUUGCCCUCUUUGUUCCCCAGGAUAUGCGGCACAACAUCAGAGACUACUGCAGCCGUUUCGAGCAGUACCUCCGGAUGGUCUCUCACGAGGCUGUGGGCUCCUUCAACCCGUGGCUGCUUGCCGAGAGCUUUUCAGAAGAAUUGAUAGAUGAAGCUUUGGGAGCUGUGGCUGCUGAACUUCAGGACAUGUGUGAAGAUUAUGCAGAAGCUGUGUUCACCUCAGAAUUCUUAGAGGCUGCUCCAUAAAGACUCCAAGGCUGGGCCUGACAUGUCACACUGGAGAAGAGAUGGCACUGCCCAUGUUUGAGCCCAUAUAUGUCCUCAGUUCUUCCUCCAAGUGAGAAGGUGCUCCCCCUCCCCACCCACCCAAGGAAGGAAAUGCCAGUGGGGCUGUCUCAUUGUUUUUCUUGUUGUCAUGGCCGUGAUCCUGUCGCAUAGCAGUGAAGGAACCUGUUAUAUUCAUCAUUUCCCCCAGAAACAUAAAUUAUGACAAUAUAUUUUCUGAUUGUAUGAUUCUCUUAAUGAAAUAUUAUGCUCAUUCCACUUACUCAGUUGGGUGAUCAGAGUGUUUUAGAAUGUAAUUAGUAUUAUGUCCCAUAGGGAUUAAAUUGCUUUUGAGCCUUCAGGUAUCAUUGAUGGUAACGGAAAAGUGCAGUUGCUAUAUGGUCCCAACCCUGACUUGUGUUUCCUUUGGUGGUAGUUUCCUAUCAGGACACCUGUCCCUACUGGGUUACAGACUCCUAUAGAGCCCAGAGGUUGUUUAUGCUUCUAAACCUCCUCUCUGUUACACUUAGUAGAAAUAGGAACCCAGUUAAUCAGUGCACUGUGUUCAUUACACAUCUCUAAUGUUCUAGACUUCCCCAAGUCUUACUGCUGAGUGUUAACAACUUCUGACAUAUGAAACUUUGAAUUUAGAGAAAAAUAUAGAAGAAUGUUUGACUUCUUCAUUAGAGGCCAGGUGUCUCCUGUGCUUUGUUGAGGUUCCUGAACUCAGCUCCACCUCUGAUAAGGUCAUACAUUCCUAGGGUUUCAUCCCACAAAGUAGCCUUGCAUGGGAGAAGAGAAUCAGCCUGGAUUAUAUGAGACUUCUUCCCAGAGAAACAGAGGAACUUGAGGACUUUAACAGCUGGUCUUUUGCAUCUUGUCAGACAGAUUUUACCAAGAUCAAAGCCUCUUUUCAGAAAAAGACAACAAAUGUUCAUAAAAGUAAGGCCACUGCCUGGAAAAAAGUUUCCCUCAAUUUUUUCCCUGAGGCUUCUGGUGAAAGAAAUGUGAAGAGUGAUGUGAGACACCCCACAGAAUAAUGUGAAUCUUUUUAUAACACAGUGUUGUCAUCUGGGAUUUUUCUCUGAAGUGUGAGUAUUUCAGGUGAUAAUUUCAGCUGCUUGAUCUCACUUAUUAUUUGUGUGAAAUUGAUUUUCAUUUAAUGUUACUGUUUUCCUGCUUAGUUUUAUAUAUGCUCAGAAUUAAAGACUUCAAGGGAAAUCAAGUCUUUAAUUGAGAAGUUACAUGUAACACUUUAAUUGUUUAGAGUGUCAUUGAUAGCUUAAUUUGUAUGGUGGUUUUUACUGUGUUCAUUUUUAAAAUAAACUCAAUAUUUUAAGGUUUA